GAGGGGGACACGCAGAGGGACGGACACAUGGCUGCUGGAGAGAUGAAGCUGUGACAGGAUGAACGAGGACCUGCUAACCACUCCCACCGUCAUGGGCAACAACACCUCAGCAACAACGGAGAUGCUGGUGGCAUGUUUCCAUGACGAUGAUACGUUCAAGUACCGCGCCUACACCUUCACCUACCUGCUGGUGUUUCCUGUGGCAUUUCUCUGCAACAUUGGAGCGCUGACAGUUUUCUUCCUGCAGAGCAACCGCAGAAACUCCCCCUCCUACGUGGUCAUGAUGAACCUGGCGAUAUCAGACGGCAGCUUCUCGCUCACCCUGCCGCUGCGAUUGGCUUAUUACUUCAGGGGCGGAGUGUGGGACUUUCCUGAUUGGCUGUGCCGGCUGUGCGUCUUCGGCUUCUACGUCAACCUGUACACCAGCAUCCUCUUCCUCACUCUACUGAGCAUACUCCGCUGGCUCGCCGUGGCCCGGCCCCUCCGUCACCGCUCUCUGGCCACGCCCACUCGAAGCUUAUUGGUCUGUCUGGGAGUUUGGCUGUUUGUGGGCGUGUCCUCUGCUCCUUUCCUGUCCAAUGGCGUGACGAACAGGGCGGGGUUUCCUCGUUGCUUUGAGCCGUCUAGCCCCUCCUCUUGGGGGCGUAUCCUGAUCUUAAACUACGUGGGCGUGGCUCUGGGCUUCCUCCUCCCUUUCCUCACAAUCAUCAUUUGCUACAGCAGGAUCGUCCAGCGGCUGACGGCCCCCUCUGGCCUCCACGGCAGCGGCCCGUCCAGCAACGUUCGACUUCGCAACAGGCGGCGCUCGGUGCACCUGGUUGCCAUGGUGACAGCGACCUUCCUGCUCUGCUUCCUGCCCUACCACUUGAUCCGAUCGCUGCACCUGCACGCCGUUUGCGGCCGCUGGAGCUGCGGCGUCGUGGUGGCACUGCAGCGGGCGGUGGUGGUGACGCUGUGUCUGGCGGCGUCGAACAGUGUGGUCAACCCGCUGCUGUAUUACUACUCCACCAGGACGUUCAGAGACAAGAUGAGAGACGCUCAUUCCUCUCUGUUGUCCAGCAGACCGGGGUCCUUCAGGUCCGGACUGGCCAUGAUGAGGAGGAGGAACACCAGCUGAAGCUCCCGGAAGUUCGGUCAACCGCUCGGUCUUCCUACAACCGUACGCUCCGCCGCCGUGGAGCAUAAAGGGUCAUCAGAAUCUUUAAUUCUGUAUUUAUUUCCACGGCAACAUUUAUUGAAUUCUUCAGAAAAAUGAAGUUGUCACAUUUCCUGCCUAACACUGAAAAUAAAGAGCACGAAACUGAAAUCACUCGUCGUUAAGGAUGUCCAGGCGUCACUGACGAGGACCUUUGCUCGGUCUCAAAUCAAAUACUUCAGUCAGUACACUGAGGGUCGAGUCCCAGAUCAAACACCGCCAUUGUGAAUUCACCGGAAGUGACAAAUGCAUCAUGUGACUGUGAUCGUCGGCUGCUUUGCUCACUUUACUUAGAAGAUGGCGACCGAUGAGGAUGAGAGGUGUCCCUCGUUUUACACUCAACUUUUUGACCAUUUUGACUGAUUCCUGAAGUCGACUGCGUUGUGUUGCCAUGGGAACGCACUCCCACUCUCAAAACAGCAGGUGUGACUUUGAACACACCUGAACUGAGACACAGCACUGAAAUCUUCCAGUCAGUCUCGAUUUCCUGUGGAGUAACGGCGCUCUCUACAGGUUUUCCACAGAUUGACUUUAAAGUUUAGUUAAAUUCUUCAUGUUUCUCGUCAACAAAUUUCAUGUUUGGAGUCAAACCGACAAUGAACGUAUCAAACAAUUAUCAUGUUCCUGAUGUGUCUUCUUCCUCUGAGCCACUGUUUCCACAAACCAUUAAAACACACCAGUGAGCAAAACACUGUCACUGUUAGACAAGUUCCUCCAUCACCAUAAACACACACUGCAGGUUUUAGCCUCAAAUAAUCACUUUAGAACGUGGAUUAAUCCGCGGCUGAAAAUAGUCCCCCACAAAAGCACUGCUGUUCACUUCCUGUUGUUUCUUUGAUAAAAAACACAGUGAGCAGGAGUUUUCACGAAUUACUGAGACUUUUUCAUUUUUCUGUCGUGAGAUUUGUGAGUGUUUGCUGUUGUAAAAACAUUUUUUAUUACGUGUAGACUUUAACGUUUUCCAGUGAAGAAUCUUUGUUUACAUGUUGGUGUGUUUGGUAAGUUUCAGUCACGUAGAGCGGAAAUAUCUUCGUAUGAAGAUCCCACAGGAAGCGUCCUCCGUUCGCUUUCACUGCAUGUUUUUAUUUGUUUUUAAUCAUUUUAAAAAAAAAUACUGUCUUCUUCUCAACUUCUUCUUGUAACUCUGGAGGUUGGUUUAUGAUGACGCAGGAAACCAGUGACCUCAGCACUUGAGAAAUUGAGAAAUUAACAACUGUACAAAUACAUGCAGCCCCGCUUUAAAAAUAAUUUCAUUUUAUAGUUUUAAUAAUAUUUUAUUUAUGACAUGAAGGGUACA